UAAAAACAAAAAAAAAGAGAAAGAAACCUAAAGGCCUAAAAUUGAUCUCUUCAACAUUCACAUAUUCUUUCCUUCUUCAAUUGGUCCGAAAAGCCAAAGCAAACUUGUGUACCCUCUUUGAAUUCUCCUUUCAUGGCAGCAAUAACCAGAAAUUAGCAGUGUUUUCCGAAAAGGGUCUCAGAGAAAUAGAGAAAAAAAAAAGAAACAAUCAGACUUUUUUUUUUGUGAAGAAGAGUGGCUAUUUGAUGUCGCUGAGAAUUAAAGCAGUUGUUGAUAAAUUCGUACAAGAAUUGAAAGAAGCAUUAGAUGCUGAUAUACAAGAUAGAAUAAUGAAAGAGAGGGAGAUGCAGAGUUACAUUGAGGAGCGUGAACGUGAGGUUGCUGAGCGUGAAGCUGCUUGGAAAGCUGAGCUCUCUCGUCGUGAGGCAGAAAUUGCUCGCCAAGAAGCUAGGUUAAAGAUGGAGAGGGAAAACCUUGAGAAAGAGAAAAGUGUCCUAAUGGGGACUGCAUCAAAUCAAGAUAAUCAAGAUGGCGCUCUUGAAAUAACAGUUAGUGGGGAGAAGUAUCGUUGUCUGAGAUUUGCAAAAGCAAAGAAGUGAACUAAUAGUAGGUGAAGAAAAAAGUUAUCACUCCUAUGUUUGUUUAUACAGCUAGUUAGCUGGAUGCUUAUAUAAAAUUUUAUUCAAGAUUGAACUUAUGCAGCCUCUGUUACUUAGGAAAGAAAAGAAAUUUAGAUAUGCGCCUCUUCGCAGUUUCUUCAAAAA